CGUGAUAUUUGUUGGGUAGAUCUAUUUCCUACACUUUUACGCAGUUAAUGUGCAUUUCGUUAGAGAGUGGGGUUUAGUGUUUAGGCUUUCCCCUUGACUUUCCUUAACGGUGAUCGUUUUCAGAAUGAUUUCACUCUUGUAUGGAUUGUUAUGUUUUUAUGCGGUGGCCUGUGGUCAACUUACGACUGGCCAGGCGGACGACGGAAAGCGAUAUAUCUGCCGGGCAGUGCCCAUCAGCGGCGAUGCCAGUUGUCCUGUGACACUGUUACCAGAGCUAAACGCCGGGAGCCAAGAAGAGGAGCUCAGGAACACUGUCAUGCAGCUACGAGAGACAAUUUUACAGCAGAAAGAAAAUAUUUCCAAACAACAGGGCACCAUCAACGAGCUAACCACCAAGCUGUCGCUCUGCGCCUCAGCCGCAAACGAUAAGAAGUUCGAUAAAGGUGGUUCCUGGGGCAAAGAAAAGCAAAACACAAUGGGGGAUGUCCCCAGAGAUCCGAAUGACACCAUCGAAAGUCUUGGAAAAACCAUGCAAGGGCUCAAGGACCGGUUGGAGAACUUGGAGCAACAACAGAUGCGGGCCAACAUAUCCGGUGCCUCAUUCCCAAGUGAGCUCCGUGACCUGCUGCAGCGUCGGCUUGGGGAGCUGGAGAAGCAGCUCCUGAAGAAAGUCAGCAACCUGGAGGAGGAGAAAAGCAUGUUGUCCAAUGCCACAGCUGCCUACAGGCUGAAGACAGAGAGCACGCUGAACGCCCUGGUGGAGAGGAUCAGUGAACUGGAGAAAGGAGGAGGAGACUUCAAGUCCCCAGAGCAGUUCAAGUUGUCCCUGCCCCAGCGGACCAACUACCUGUAUGGCCGCAUCACCAAGAGCCUGCCAGAGAUGUAUGCAUUCACACUCUGCAUGUGGAUCAAGUCCAGUGCCAGUCCAGGCAUAGGGACACCCUUCUCUUAUGGUGUACCAGGGCAAGCAAAUGAGAUUGUGCUGAUCGAAUGGGGCAAUAACCCGAUAGAGCUGCUCAUCAAUGACAAGGUUGCCCAGUUGCCUUUGGAGGUACGUGAUGGAAGGUGGCAUCACAUCUGCAUCUCCUGGACCACACGGGAUGGCCAAUGGGAUGCUUAUCAAGAUGGAGUGAAACUGGGAACUGGAGACAACCUGGCAGCCUGGCACCCCAUCAAACCCGGGGGAGUCAUCAUCCUUGGGCAGGAACAGGACGUGGUGGGUGGGCGAUUUGAUGCCGGACAGGCUUUUGUGGGCGAGCUGAGUCAGGUGAACAUUUGGGACCGCGUUCUGAAGCCUGUCGAGGUCCAGUCUAUGGCUAACUGUAGUUCUUAUAUCCCCGGGAAUGUGAUCCCCUGGCUAGCAAGCAACGUUGAAGUGUUUGGGAGGGGAGCAUUCAAGCGGCCCCUAGAGAUGUGUCAAGAGCGAUUGCCCAAUGCUUAAAACUCAUCUGACUGCCUCUGUUUAGAUUAGUUUCCAUCCAUUCGGCAGGUUUUUGUUUUUUGUUUUU